AUGCGGCAACAUCCCGAUGAGCGCGAAGCUAUUCUGAAAGAGCUUGUUUUGCGGUUGAUAGAAUGCGGUAUGUACAGAAGAGCACUGGAUGAAAUUGACUUGUAUCUGCCGUCUUUUCCUUACCAAGACAAUCCAGUUCUACACAUUUAUGCGGGCCUCCUUGCCCUGUAUCUUGCGCAGCCCAAGCUAGGCGAACAAGUGCCGAAUCACGAACGCCCAUGGGACAAUGGCCUGUUGCGCGAUGCGCAAACGCACUUAGAACGCGCAAAGGCGAUCGAUCCCGACAACCUCGUCGCAAUUGCGUUCAUUGAACAGAUACCCAUAAUCACUCAGUCGCCCAGGGGUCGCCAGCCAAUAGAGUCUGAUGAAGAGAGUUUGGACAUCGAUGUGAAGGGACAACGUCGUAAGCGCGUCAAGACAUAG